AUGCCUUGCGCAAUCUCCAUCGCUAUCACUUGCAUUUUCAUCAGGCUAGUUCAAAGCGGUGCUGUAGGUGAUGAAGGGACAUUAGCAAGUGUGCCUUCCGAUCCAUUCGACACAAGGGAGAGAAACAAGCGCCCUGCAAGAAGAAGUGAGAAGAAUGAAGAAGCACCAUCAACGAAGAAUAAUUGGGGUUUCGGCGAAGGGCUGGUAGAAUGGCCAGAAGAGGACAACGAAAGGAAAGAGAAGAUCCCAAAAAGAGUCGAAACAACUACUCCAGAAAGAGUCGAAACAACUACACAGUACUAUGAAGAAGUCGAUCCCAACCAUAACGGUUUAUUAAAGGACAUUGGAUCAAUAAAUGUCGGAUUUGGCGUUGGUGUUGGUGUGCCCGGUAACGAUCCAGUGAGUGUUGGAGCCAGGGUUGGUGUUGGCUUUGGAGCAUCAGGUCUGGCUGGACAACUCCCUAUUGGUCAAAAUAUCUAUCCAAGACAGGUAAAGAUCCGCCUUUGGAUUAUUUAUUUCUCUCACAUACACGAGGACUUCGAAAGUAGUGUAAAGCACAUUGCACGCAUCUCAGGUAGUUGCCACGCUUAUCCUCUCCGUCUAUAA